CCGGUUUCCGUUGGUCUGCCUCUCGUACGACACUCGUGAAAUGCUGCCAACUCUCGGAGUUCGCCAUCACGCACGGCUCAAGGAGUGUCGACCGGGAUAUUUCUAGUCCGGUUCUUUUCACGGACUUAGUACCUGAGUAUCGUGGAUGCCCGGUGCAUCUACGCGCCGUACGGCCGAGUGUUCCUCGUUUUGUGUAUUUAUACCUCGCGCCUGUUCGCCUCUAUUUUAUCGAAACGCGUGUAUCGUGUCGAUUCUGUGACGAAUAUGAGAGCCGGAAAUAUGACCGAUAGGAAUAUCGUAAAACCGAGACGAAAGCGGCUCGACGACCCUUCCGGGUCAAGGUCGAGCUCAGAGAGAUCGGACAGGCCGAAGAAACCGGCGAGGCCGCCGAGAACGAGGACGCAGCAGGUCGCGAAUGUGACAGCGACUAACAAUUCUGAUUUUGGAAAUGUCACGCAACGCAGCACAUUUGCGGAAGCACAUCAGAGACAGACCGAGAAGGCCCCGAUGACGACUCUUGACGAGAACGUAAACCGCAUACCACGAGAAGAACAGCAUAAGACAACCGAAAAUAUGGAUAAUUUAGGGAAAAGCGAUCGAAUAGAAAGGAUUGCGCCGAUGAAUGCACAAACGCUGGACACAUCAUCGAACGAGGGGCGGCCUGUCCAAGUAGUACUUGCCCAUCCAGAUCAUACCUUCGAAUUAGAUGAAGAGGCGUUAUCUGAAAUUCUUUUACAUGACGAUGUGAAAGAUAGAAGUGUGGUUGUGGUGUCUGUUGCAGGUGCCUUCAGAAAAGGCAAAAGUUUUCUUCUUGAUUUUUUUCUUCGUUACAUGAAUUGCAAGUACACGCAAAAUAAUACCGAUAAUACUGAUUCUUGGUUGGGUGCUGAAGAUGAACCGUUGAGCGGUUUUUCGUGGAGGGGCGGUUCUGAAAGGGACACUACGGGAAUACUGAUGUGGUCGAAGGUUUAUCCUACUACCUUGGCAAACGGUGAGAAGAUCGCAGUGAUUCUUAUGGACACUCAAGGCGCGUUUGACAGUCAAUCCACGGUGCGGGACUGCGCGACAGUCUUCGCGUUGAGUACAAUGCUGUCCUCCGUGCAAAUAUACAAUCUGUCACAAAACAUCCAGGAGGACGAUCUUCAGCAUUUACAAUUAUUCACCGAGUACGGUAGAUUGGCGCUGGAGAGCUCUGAUAGUACACCUUUUCAGAGAUUACAAUUUUUAGUCAGGGAUUGGGUUUAUCCGUAUGAGGCUGAUUAUGGGGCGGAAGGCGGAAAAAAAUUGCUCAACAAGAGACUGGAAAUCUCCGACAGGCAGCAUGCGGAAUUACAAAGCUUGCGAAAGCACAUUAAGUCCUGCUUUUCGGAUAUAUCUUGUUUCCUUAUGCCACAUCCCGGUCUGGAAAUCGCAACGAAUCCAAAAUUUGACGGUAGAUUAUCCGAAAUACAGUCAGAGUUCAAAAAACAGUUGAAAGUGCUCAUACCAAUGAUAUUGGCACCAGAAAAUCUAGUAACUAAGAAAAUUAAUGGUCAGGUCGUGAAAGCGAAAGAUCUGUUGGAAUAUUUCAAAAGUUACAUUAAUCUUUAUAAAGGAGAUGAACUUCCUGAACCGAAAAGUAUGCUUGUGGCUACAGCAGAAGCUAAUAAUUUAACAGCUGUAGCUGAAGCUAAAGAUUUGUACCUUCAUAUGAUGGAAAAUGUGUGCGGUGGAGGAAAACCGUUUUUAGCGACCGCGCACUUAGAAUCAGAACAUCAUCAUUGUAUGGACUCGGCUCUUCGCCAAUUCCAAAAUAAACGAAAGAUGGGUGGAGAAGAAUUCAGUCAAAUAUAUAUGGAAAAAUUGAUUAAGGAUAUGGAAGACGCUUUCUUACAAUUCAAAGCACACAACGAAAGCAAAAACAUCUUUAAAGCAGCACGAACGCCGGCAGUAUUUUUCGCGAUUGCCGUUACUAUGUAUAUUUUGUCCGGAAUAUUUGGUCUUGUUGGUUUAUACACAAUAGCGAAUGUAUGCAAUCUUAUUAUGGGUAUCGGCCUCCUCACCCUUGUUUUAUGGGCAUAUAUAAGAUAUAGUGGAGAAUUCAGAGAAAUUGGCACACAAAUAGAUGACUUAGCCAAUAAAAUAUGGGAAAAUUGUACUAAUGAAAAACGAUAUUUGAAAAAGGUCUGGCUAUGUGCUCAUCUUUGUUAUAAAUUAACGUAUAAAUUAAGAUACCUGAUCCUUUCCAUUGUCAUAAUUGUAUUUGCAAUACCUAUAUGUCAUUUUACUUAUCUUGAUCUUUGUAGACAUGGCUAUAUAUGAUCCCACGCUUUCCUUCCUCUUUAAUUUUAAAUUUACCAACUGUUUUAAUCUUGAAUUGCUUCUUGAUACUAUUAUUCACACAUUUAUGUUAUGCAAAUUUUUUUUUAUUCAAAGUUUAUUUGGUGAUACAAGAGAGUACAACCAUUAAUAUCAUUUUUUUUUUUUUUCUAUUCCUGUCAUAAGCCGUGCUAAUAGGAAUAAAUAUCGAAAAGGUAUGGCAUUUGGCUGCAUAUAUAAUUAAAUAUUUAUAACUGUACUAACAUUGACCAUACUUUUCUAUCAUUCAUUAUUUCAAUCAUGAUUUUUAACCGAAAAAUUAAAAUACUUUUACUAUUAAAACUUCUUUCAUGUUUCACAUUACAUUCCAUAAAAUAAAUGUUACACUUUAAAGUUGAAAAAUAAUUUUAAAUUCUGAUACUUGUAGAAAAAAUACACAAUCUUAAUUGCGCAAAAUUAUUUAUUAAUCACUAUAUAACUGUUGUAAAAUUAUGCAAGAAAGAA